AUGGCAUCGCCCUCAGCGCCGAUGGGUAUUUACACUUUUCCAGUCCCGACUCCUUCCCGGUUAUGUCUUUUUUGCGUCAGAAACAAACGACUGCCGGCUCAAGAGUCAAGAUCAACGGCAUUACUAACUCUCGCGUGCAGCAAGGACCUCUAUUUCAGCGUCAUUAGCGGACAAGAGCUUUGGUCGGUGCCGACGGCGGCCUUGCGCGCGCGCGACGCACACAGCGAGCUGGUUGUGCAGGCGAGCGUGUCGGCCAAGGGCCAAAAGGGCGUCGGGGACGGCAUGGAGACGGACAGCAAUGGCAUCAUUUACACGGGCCAUGUCGAGCAGGAGGCCAUCGUGUCCUACGCGCCCGGCAACGCGACGGUCCAGACGUUCCUGCGCGAUCCUCGGAUCAGCUGGGUUGAUACCCUGAGCGUCGGCUGGGAUGGCUCCUUGUACUUUACCGUGAACCAAGUCCACCUCAUGCCCGGCUUCUUCCCGGGCGCUGAGCGUCGCCAGCAUCCGUAUGUGCUGUUUAAGACGCAGCUGCCUGAUGGUGGUAAAAAGGUUGGCACAUGA